AUGUUCACUCCGUCGCCGAAGUCCCAAGGACAAGACAAGGGCAAAGUGCGGAAAAAAUGGCGACUGUUCCACGCGACGGACUUUGAAUCCUUGCUGUAUCCCUGUAUCAUUUUCUGUACCAUUUUCGGAUUAUUCCCGUACAAGAACAUCGGUUCGACCAUGGAGCUUUCCAAAGUGGGCCAUAUCGUGUCAACCAUCGUUUUAGUUGUCGCUGGCGUUUGGGGAUUGACGAUACUCUUCGAGGUCAAUAUUGCAGGGCAUAUUAAGUUCGACGGCGUACCUGGAGCCCUUCAAUGUAAUUGCUACUAUAUACUCGGUGGUGUCAUAGCGGUCAUCACGUACGUCAUGACCAAAAAGCGGAUACUAUUGUUCCAGUCCAUGCUAGAGGUUUCUUCGAAACUGCCCCCGGAAUUGUAUGAGAAGAUGUCCAAGAUGGUUCAUGCUAAGGACAUUAUCGGUUUCCUUUUCAUAUUAAUACAAGUGUAUAACUGUAUAUUUUCCGCCAAUUAUGGCGAUUUCUUUCUCAAGACGAUGUCAUUUUAUUUCACUAUGCUGGUGUUUCAAAUGGAUAUGCUGUACAUGGAUUGCGUUUAUGUACUGAAGGCCUGUUUAACACAACUCAACGACAAUCUGCUGAGUCUGCGAGAACUUGUGGUGAGCGACGAGCCGCAUCUCCUCAGACGUAUCUAUCAUGAGCAGAGAAAUCCAUAUCUGCUAAUGGAGCUCAAAGCCCUAAAGAAACGGCAUCUGCUGCUCAGCGAUACCGUACAUUUGUUGAAUACGGUUUUCAGUAUGCAAGUUCUCACCACAAUAGUCAUGACUUUUGCCGAAAUUACUUUCGGUUUGUAUUUCUACAUAGUGGCGUGGCAAGGGGAGAGGGGGGAUGUUGUCAAUCUCGAGAAACAGAUCUGGUUUAAAUACUACAUCACGUCUGUAACAUAUUAUUCUGUCAAAAUAGUACUUAUAGUGUGGGCCUGCGAUACAGGCAAGGAUCAGGCCAUGCAGAUUGGCACUACUGUACACGAUGUCCUUAUCAGCACCAGUGAUAAGCAGGUGAAAGAUGAGUUGCAGCUGUUCUCCUUGCAAAUAUUGCACCGCGAAAAUGCAUUUACCGCGAAGGGUCUCACUGUUGACGCAACACUUCUUACUGCGAUAGUGGGUAGUAUCACCACAUACCUACUAAUUUUAAUACAGUUCUUGGUCACGACGCAAACUUGCAAAGAAAAACUUCAAGAGACAGCCUAA